UCCACAUCUUGAUCCCUUCCUUCCUAAACAACCUCAGAACGCUCAUCAACACUGUGAAUCCCGCCGAUCUUCGACUUCAGCCCGCUCCACACUCAUUUCCACCAACACGUCAUCGCGCUAACCUUAAUUCGCGGAGCCGCAACUUUUUGAUUCCCCCAACACAAUGGCAGGACGCCGCUAUGAUGCGCGGACAACCACCUUUUCCCCAGAGGGGCGUCUUUUUCAGGUAGAGUACGCCAUGGAAGCGAUCGGUAACGCGGGUGCCGCCGUAGGCGUCCUCUCAACGGAGGGUGUCGUGCUUGCCGCUGAGAAGAAGACGGCCUCUAAACUGCUCGACACGGGCAAGCGCUCUGAGAAGAUGUACAAAAUUGACUCUCACAUCAUGUGCGCCGUCGCCGGUAUCACAGCUGACGCCAACAUUCUCAUCAAUCAAGCCCGUCUCGCCGCUCAGCGGUACUCCUUUGCCUACCAGGAGCCUAUCCCGGUGGAGCAUUUGCUCCAACUCAUCUGCGAUACCAAGCAGACCUAUACCCAGUUCGGUGGCCUCAGACCGUUUGGCGUCAGCUUUUUGUUUGCCGGCUGGGAUUGCCACUAUGGCUUCCAGCUCUAUCAGAGUGAUCCUAGCGGCAAUUAUGGUGGCUGGAAGGCGACCAGUAUUGGAGCGAACGCGAGCGCUGCUAGUAGUAUCUUGAAGAGCGAUUACACGGAAAAGAUGAAUCUCAACGAUGCCCUUAGCCUAGCUAUUAAGGUUCUCACCAAGACUAUGGAUAGCGCCACUUUGUCAGCUGAUAAGCUGGAGAUCUCCACCGUCUGCCAAAAAGAUGGAAGGGUGAUUCAUCACCAACUCUCGGACAAGGAAUUGGAGGCGCUGUUAAAGACUGCGGGUGUUCUGGCUCCCCCAAAGCCGGAAGCGUGAAAGUAAAGCCACCAAUCUAUAUGUAAACAGUAUGUCCCCGACCUGGUUUGUGCGAUCCGGGU